CACACCACGGUGUGGAGAAGUAGAGUCAGUUGUUGGGUUUGCGCUUCACGCUGCACUUUUCACUUUUCACGCGUCUCUAUAGCUCGCGGGAAAUUCGUUUUGUUUAGAGUCCGUGGCGCAAAAUGAUCGCCGUUCAGCGCGCGUGAUCCUGUACGUGGGAACACGAUACAUUAUCAGCGCACCUUUACGCAGGUAACAGGGAGAACUUCCGGAAGAACAAGCAGAUCGGGUCACCGCUCGAUCUUAUACGACUUUAAAUCAGACUCGAGGAGAGAUUACCGGGACGAUCAUGUCGGAUCUGAAGAAGAACAAGUUAUUUAUGCUGCUGAUGGAUGUUCUGUGUGUGUUAGUGGUGGCGAUGCCAUUCAUCAUCAUGACCCUCGUUUACAGGCCAUACAAGCGUGGAAUUUACUGUGACGAUGAGACCAUUCGCUACCCCUACAGAACAGACACCAUCUCCCACAAAAUGAUGGCCGCCGUAACCAUUUCCUGUUCCAUUAUCAUUAUCACUUCAGGAGAGGCAUACCUGGUCUACACCAAACGGCUGUAUUCCAAUUCAGACUUUAAUCAAUACGCUGCCGCGCUCUACAAAGUGGUGGGGACGUAUCUUUUCGGCGCGUGCGUCAGUCAGUCUCUGACUGAUAUGGCCAAGUACACCAUCGGACGAUUGCGGCCCAAUUUUAUAGCCGUGUGUGCUCCAGAAAUCUGCAACGGCUACAUGCUGGAGAUAAACUGCACAGGAAACCAUCGCAAUGUGACGGAAUCCAGGCUGUCGUUUUACUCCGGUCACUCCUCCUUCGGGAUGUACUGUAUGUUGUUUCUGGCGCUUUAUGUCCAGGCCCGUAUGGCAUCCAAGUGGGCACGCCUCCUGCGUCCCACAAUUCAGUUCUUCCUGGUGGCCUUUGCCAUUUAUGUGGCCUACACGCGUGUGUCUGACUACAAACACCACUGGAGUGACGUUGUCGUGGGUCUUCUGCAGGGGGCACUGGUGGCCGUCCUCACGGUGCGAUACGUUUCUGACUUCUUUAAAGAGCGACCCCCACGAUGCCAGAACGCAGAAACUGCUGAAAACGAAGACAUCGAACGCAAGCCAAGCCUUCAGAUCGCAGACGCCGAGAGAAACAAUCAUUACUCGUACAGCAGGCCUGUAUGAGCCUGACCUUUGAACCCAGAGUAAGCACGCUUGCACAGAACCACUGGAUGACGGAUCCUCUACCAUCACGUCUUGUUCAACAGCACACGACUCUGCUCAGACGCAUACACUGGCACUGACUAUACUCCGAUCCACAGGAUUAUACUCCCCAUUUCAUAUAAAGAGAGAGCGCGAUUGCAUGAACUAACACUGAAUAUUAUCUUUUAUACUCGUAUGACCGUGUUUAUUUCGUAUUGUCUCAUGCAUACUCAUUUACGCCAUCUGUCUAUAACACAAUGAGGGACUUUAUUGUAUCGUAGUGCAAGAUUUACGAAGUUCUGCUGUUUUUCUAUCUAUGGCAUUUAACCAAGGUUGUUCAAGAAAAACGGAAAGUUUCGAUUUGAUCAAGUUUAUAUAAGAAUGUACUGGAUUACAGUGAUUUUAAAAUAUUUUAUAAACAAAUGUUUGUAUACUUUUGUGGCGGUAGAUUUAGGGACUUUUUAACCUUUUGGUUGUUUUCACUGCAUCUGUAGUAUCUGUAGUAUAGCCACAUCCAUCUGAAACAAGUCAGAGAGAGAGAAUAUGACAUUCUUUAUAUGAAUUUUUAUUUUAAUGUUUCAUGUCAUGUAGACUGGGUGCAAUGUUGGCAAAAUAAGUACCACUGACUUACCACCUGUGUGACUCAAACUAUCCACAAAACAAUAGAAGAUCAGCAAAUAUUGAAAAUCAGGUGAUGAUAAAAUACUAUAGCGUUAACUCUAGUAAACUGCUGUAAAAUUCCUAGACGCCAUAGUUUUGAUACUAACCGUAGUAGACAUUAAAGUAUACUGUUGUAUUUACUGCAGUCUAUCAAUUUAAAAUUUAAUGCUACAGAAUACAUUAGUAUACUGUAUGUUUAUGUAUGUUUAUACUGUAGUAUACACUAUUUAUAAUGUACUACAGUAAAUAUUUUAGUAUGCUAGAUUUUUUUUGUUUCCUGUGGGAAGUAUCACUGCAAACAAACAUCGGGACAGAUGAGAUUAAAGCUCUUUAACAGCUGCCUGUUCUCAAAACCUUUCACAUGGUGCAAAAGAUUGUGGGUAAUAUUAUCCCAUUAUACAGCAUCUUAAAGACUCAAUUAAAUGUGAAAUAAAAAAUGAAACGGGAAGAGCUUCUGUACAUCUUGCAAUAAAUCGGCCUUGAAUAUAAAUCCUACCCCCAGGAAUCGGUCAUCAUAGAUCAGUUUAACUCUGAUGUAAGUGUACCAAUCCCAAACUAGCAUACUAUUUAAGGCGGAUAGAGAGUAUGAGGUUUUUCUCUCUUUGUAAUCUUCCGACCUAAUGUCUUUGUUGUUGUUGAAUGCAUCUACUGUGAGUUCAAUGGACAUCAUAUAUCUUGAAUAGGAAUGAUUGAUUAUUUUUCUUUUGUAUGGGACAGACACUCUAUGACUCCAACAUCAGCUGCGCAGCGCUCAUGUGUAGUACACUUUCACUCUGAAUGUCACAAAGAUCAAGGCUCACUUUUGCCAAUAUUUACAAAAUGAACUGGUUUUGUUGAUUACAGUGGCGUGACUUCUGUAAUGUUACUAUUCAUCGUGCAUCAUUUCAUACUACAUGCAAUACUUAUUCCUCACAUUAUAAAACCAUUUAAGAUGAACCGUUGAAGGUGUUAAAAAGUAGUGAAAUAAAAAAUAAACCACAAAACCUAAAACAGACUUUCUUUUUCACUUUUUUUCAUUAUAACAACAACUUCCAUGAACAAACACUACAUUAACUUUUCAUUUCAGAUCCAAACACUUUAAAAGCUAAGUUCACAUUGGGGUAAAAUUUCGUUCCCUGAUAUUUAAUGUGAACAAUUAAAGCUACUGAACCUCCUUUCUUUUUUGUGAAAAGAAUUUCUAUUGUAUCCCACUUGUGAAGUCUGCAGCUCCAACCGAAAUGUAUCUGAACCAUUUAUUAUUUACUUGUUUGUAUUGAUUUUCUCGAGUUUUAUUGCGACUGUUUAGUUUACGUUGCACAUACGUUUUAUUCUUAUGUUUUGUAUUCAGUUAUACCUACAACUUUAGAUAAAUAAAAAUAGUUCAGCAUCUUG